GGCGGCGCACAACACUAUGGCGUCCGCGGCGGAUCGCGCACAGAAGGAGCAGGCACAUCAGUUUUUGGAGCAGUUCCAGAAGUCGGAAGAGGCCUGGACGGCGACACUGGCCAUGCUCGAAUCUAACUCUGUAGACGCGGCCGCCAAACUGUUUGCCGCCACGACGCUCAAGGGCAAGAUUGUAUACGACCUGCAUCAAGUGCCCCGCGCCCAGCUGGCAGAGCUGCGAGCCUCGAUCAUGCGAAACUUGGCCAUAUUCCACGCCGGACCAAAGCCCAUCCGCCUGCAAUUGUGCGUGUGUCUGGCGAAUCUGGCCAUACAGAUGACCGAGUGGAAGGAUGUCCUCAAAGAUGUCGUCAACUCACUCGGCUCCGACCCUGCAACGCUCCCUUGCGUCCUCGACUUUCUCCGCGUUCUCCCCGAAGAAGUCACUCAUGGACGUAAGAUCGCACUCACAGAACACGAGUUGACCAUGAGGACGGCUGAGUUGAUUGACGACAACGCCCAGCAAGCCCUGGAACUCCUCAUACGAUAUGGCACUUCGUCGCCUGCGGCCGCCCAAAAUCCCCAACUACUCCACUGCAUCACUUCCUGGAUACGCGAGAUUCCACUCGACGCCAUCAUCAACUCUGCCCUGCUGAAGAUUAUCGUUGACGGUCUCGCGCAAGAAGAUCCUUUCGAGGCUGCGGUGGAAUGUCUGAGUGCCCUCAUUGGAGAGACGAGAGAUGUUGACGAGACUCUCAACUCUAUAAUGGUCCUCUACCCCCAAGUCAUCAACCUCCAGACGAAGCUCGCCGAGGCAGCACAAGAGGAGGACAGUGAGAAAUUCAAGGGUAUUGCUAGGAUAUUUGCCGAAGCCGGAGAAUCCUGGGUCAUCCUGAUUGCGCGCCUCCCAACCGAUUUCCGCGCCCUGGUCGAAGCUAUACUUGCAAUAGCCGCGCUGGACAAGGAGAAGGAUGCCAUCUCGCACACGUUCAAGUUCUGGUACGACCUCAAGCAGUACCUGACACUGGAGAAAUACACGGAAGCACGCAACCAGUGCUUAGAUAUCUACUCGAAGCUCGUCGAUAUUAUGAUUGGCCACCUUCAGUUUCCCAAGCCAGAAGAUGGUGGUGGCGACGACAAGGAUUUGUUCGAGGGCGAUCGCGAGCAAGAAGAAAAGUUCCGCGAGUUCCGCCAUCAAAUGGGCGAUGUUCUCAAGGAUUGUUGCGAGGUCAUGGGCGUUGUUGAAUGUCUCCAAAAGCCCUACGACCUUAUUCAGCAGUGGGUGCAAACCUACGGCGCUCAGGCUACACCCAACAGUGUGCCAGAGUGGCAGAAACUGGAAGCGCCUCUGUUCGCUGUCAGGGCAAUGGGUCGCAUGGUCCCUCCAGACGAGAACAUCAUGCUCCCGCGCCUGAUCCCGCUCAUCGCAGGCAUACCGGACCACAACAAACUGCGCUUCCAAGCAGUCAUGGCCCUGGGAAGAUAUACAGAAUGGACAGCCCAACACCCCGACACGCUCCAGAUGCAGUUGGACUACAUCAUGGCAGCCUUUGAUCAUUCGACAAAGGAUGUCAUCCGAGCUGCGGCGCUAUCGUUCAAGUUCUUUUGCAACGACUGCGCAAGCCUGUUGGUUCACUAUGUUGGCCCGCUGCAGCAGUUUUACGCAAAGAACUUGAACAAGCUACCCAUAAGCAGCCAAGAGGAAAUCACUGAAGGCGUGGCAUCCGUCGUUGCCAAGGUUCCCAAUGAUCAGCUUCUUGCGACACUCAAGCUAUAUCUCGAUCCUGUCAUGGCGCACCUGAUCACUCUUGCGCAGCAAGCAAAGGAUGAGCCAGACCAAAAACUCAUCGCAGAUAAGAUUAACUUGCUCACCAUAUUCUUCGAGAUGGUCCGACCAGAGAUGCCGCUUGGCCAAGAGCACCCGGCCGUCAAGUACUGCCAAGAAAUCUUCCCAACCCUUGCUAACAUGAUCACGCACUUCCAUACAAGCAUACCGAUCCUCGAGCGCGUAUGUAGGUGCUGGCGAUACAUGGUCCUCUCCUACCGGACAGCCAUGCGCCCGCUCCUGCCAGAACUUGCUACCAAGCUGAUUGAAGGCUUCGACAAGUCCAGGCAGGGAUGCUUCCUCUGGGCGACGGCGUCGAUAGUACGAGAAUUUUCGCAGGGCGUGGACGAUGUCGAUGCAGGUCUGGCGAAUGACGUGUACAAGUUCUACGAGCAGCAAGCGAAGACUUUCCUGAGGAUACUUAGCGACCUGCCGCCAGAAGAACUCCCUGAUCUUAUCGAGGAUUACUUCCGUCUCGCCGCAGAUAUGGCGCUCUACUUCCCAUCCGAGUCUAUCAUGUCUCCACUAAUGGACACGAUUCUCCUCGCAGCCUGCAGCUCGCUCACCCUGCUCAAGGAGGAUCCCAUCAUUGCAGUGCUGCACUUCCUACGCGAUUUCCUCGGUUAUGGUCGCAACUCGUCGCCAUCGUCCACGUUUGACAAUACGCGUCACGAAGUUCCAGAACAAAUACGAGACCGUGUCAAGCAGCUUGUCAUGGGAUCCGGCGUCCAGCUCGUCCAGCGUAUCAUGACGGGCAUGAUGUACAGCUUCCCCGAGGGCUGUUUUGCCGACUCGUCUGGCGUGCUUCUGGAUCUCUUCGAGCUCAUGCCUGAACAGGUUGCACAGUGGGUCGCGAGCACCGUGGCCAUGUUACCACAGGGUAGCAUCACGCCCCAAGAAAGCGAGCGCUUCCUCAACAACAUUCGUCAGCGCAUCCAGACGGGCGAUGUUAGGAUGAUUAGGACCAUUCUACAGGACUUUACUACUAGUUACCGGCGGAGAAAUGUCGCCCCCCGCGAGGGCCUCGGUAGGUUGGAGGCUUCACGGUUUAGAUUCUCUGGUUAGUGGCUGGAUACUGUACCGCUACUGUUGUUCAAAUGCAUGGGUCUUGCACAUGCCCAGAGCGAUGUGGUCGCCAAGACGCCCAUGUAGGUAGACUUAUGAUUCGAAUAGUAUGGAGGCAGGAUAUCUGGGGCGAGGAGGAGUAAAUAUCAAAAGAGCAUAAUUGUACUUGAAGCGUUAGUGUGUUGGCAUUUGCAUGGAAGAUGGGUGUAUGAAUGGCUAGGAUACCACCGGAGGAACAAAGUGGGGUUCCCCCUUACUGCUAAGAUAGCAUGGAAUUUACUUAUUG